CCCUGAAGAUCCACAUCUCGGCGGUGACCAAGGCGGUGCUGGAGGAGUUCGGCUGCUUCGAGCUGGAGCUGCGGGGAGACGUGGAGAUGAAGCCAGAAGCUCCUCAGAUGUUAAAUGAUGAAAACAGAAGGUUUUCCGGCUGCUUCCCACAUGGCCAGGAGCUGCUGGAUGACGGGGACGGGGACAACUCCUCGUCCUGGAGGCUGGAAAGAUGCGUGGGCAUCGUGACUUCGUUAACCAACGGGCUGUCGGAGAGGGAGGCUAACGAUGCCCUCAACGCUCACAUCUGUAAAGGAACCCCUCAGCAUGAAGAGAUCUGCCUGGGCCUUUUCACCCUGGUCUUGACGGAACCCUCUCAGGCGCAGAAGUGCUACCGGGACCUGGCGCUGGUGAGCCGGGACGGCAUGAACAUCGUUCUCAACAAGAUCAACCACAUUCUCAUGGAGAAAUACUUGAAGCUGCAGGACACAUGUCGGACCCAGCUGGUGUGGCUGCUGCGGGAGCUGGUGAAGAGCGGGGUCCUCGGCGCCGACGGCGUCUGCAUGACCUUCAUGAAGCAGAUCGCGGGUGGGGAUGUGACAGCAAAGAACAUCUGGUUGGCUGAGAACGUGCUGGAGAUACUGACUGAGCAAAGGGAGUGGGUGCUGAAGAGCAGCCUCUUGAUCGCCAUGGCGGUGUACACCUACCUCCGCCUCAUCGUGGACCACCACGGCACCUCCCAGCUCCAGGUGCUCCGUCAGAAGGAGGUGGAUUUCUGCAUCUCCCUCCUCCGGGAAAGGUUCAUGGACUGUUUCAUGAUCGGCCGGGACCUCGUGCGGCUGCUGCAGAACGUGGCCAGGAUCCCCGAGUUCGAGCAGCUCUGGAAGGACAUCAUCCACAACCCCCAGGUCCUCAGCGCCCAGUUCACAGGUGUCCUCCAGCUCCUCCAGUCGCGAACUUCUCGCAAAUUCCUGGCCUGUCGCCUCACUCCCGACAUGGAAACCAAGCUGCUCUUCAUGACCUCCCGGGUCCGGUUUGGCCAGCAGAAACGGUACCAGGACUGGUUUCAAAGACAAUACCUGUCCACCCCGGACAGCCAGUCCCUGCGCUGCGACCUCAUCCGCUACAUCUGUGGGGUGGUCCAUCCUUCCAACGAGGUGCUCAGCUCCGACAUCCUCCCGCGCUGGGCCAUCAUCGGGUGGUUGUUGACCACCUGCACGUCCAACGUUGCUGCUUCAAAUGCCAAACUGGCCCUAUUUUACGACUGGCUCUUCUUCAACCCUGAGAAGGACAGCAUCAUGAAUAUAGAGCCUGCCAUUCUGGUGAUGCAUCACUCCAUGAAGCCUCACCCUGCCAUCACCGCCACGCUGCUGGAUUUCAUGUGCCGGAUCAUUCCCAACUUCUACCCCCCUCUGGAGGCUCACGUCCGACAAGGUGUCUUCAACUCUCUCACCCACAUUGUGGAGAAGCGAGUCCUUGCACAUCUGGCCCCUCUCUUCGACAACCCCAAGCUGGACAAAGAGCUCCGUGCCAUGUUGAGGGAGAAGUUCCCAGAGUUCUGCAGUUCACCCUCACCCCCCAUCGAAGUCAAAAUCGAGGAACCCGUUUCCAUGGAGAUGGACAAUCACAUGUCAGAAAAGGACGACAGUUGCUACGACAACGCCGAGGCCGCGUUCAGUGACGACGAAGACGACUUGAACAGCAAAGGGAAGAAGAGGGAGUUCAGGUUUCAUCCCAUCAAGGAGACCAUCGUGGAGGAACCUGUUGAUAUCACACCGUUCCUCGACCAGCUGGACGAGUCCCUGAAGGACAAGGUCCUGCAGCUGCAGAAGGGAAGCGAUACGGAAGCUCAGUGUGAGGUCAUGCAGGAAAUCGUGGAUCAAGUGUUGGAGGAGGAUUUCGACUCGGAGCAGUUAUCGGUGCUCGCCUCCUGCCUCCAGGAGCUAUUUAAGGCUCAUUUCCGUGGGGAGGUUUUGCCAGAAGAAAUCACGGAGGAGUCUCUGGAGGAGUCGGUGGGGAAACCUCUCUACCUAAUAUUUAGGAACCUCUGCCAGAUGCAGGAGGACAACAGUGGAUUCUCGCUGCUGCUGGAUCUCCUGUCGGAGCUCUACCAGAAGCAACCCAAGAUUGGUUACCACCUUCUCUACUAUUUAAAAGCCAGCAAAGCCGCGGCCGGGAAGAUGAACCUCUACGAGUCCUUUGCCCAGGCCACGCAGCUGGGGGACCUGCACACGUGUCUCAUGAUGGACAUGAAGGCCUGCCAGGAAGACGACGUGCGGCUGCUCUGCUACCUCACCCCUUCCAUUUACACCGAGUUCCCAGACGAGACCCUCCGGAGCGGGGAGCUGCUCAACAUGAUCGUAGCCGUCAUAGAUUCCUUCCAGUUGCAGGAACUGGUGUGUCACGUCAUGAUGGGCAACCUCGUCAUGUUCCGGAAAGAUUCCGUGUUGAACAUCCUGAGUGAGCCCAGCGAGGAGAUGGUGAAGAUGGUGCUGAGCAGGCCCUGCCACCCCGACGACCAGUUCACCACCAGCAUCCUGAGGCACUGGUGCAUCAAACACGACGACCUCUUGGCCGAGCACAUCAAGUCCCUGCUCAUCAAGAACAACAGCCUGCCC